CGACGGAAUCAGAGAGUGAAAAACGAGAGCACACGGCAAAACAUCAACUUUCAGCGAACCGCGGCCAAAAGAGGAAUAAGCGGAGUGUUUUCGGGACGAGAAGGAGCAGGUGCUGGGUGAUCCAAAAUGGCUCCUUUCCUGCGGAUCGCAUUUAACUCCUAUGACCUGGGCGUCCUGCCAGCUCUCGACAAUCCACCAUUUUGUGCCAUCAAGAUGAAGGAGGCUCUGACCACAGAGCGUGGAAAGACCCUGGUACAGAGGAAGCCGACCAUGUACCCUGCGUGGAAGGCCAGUUUCGAUGCACACAUUUACGAGGGGCGGGUCCUGGAGGUACUUCUGAUGAAAACUGCAGAAGAGCCAUUGGCCGAAGUCACCGUGGGUGUGUCUGUACUCGCUGAGCGCUGCAAGAAAGCCAAUGGCAAAGCGGAAUUCUGGGUGGAUCUGCACCCGUCGGGGAAAGUGAUGAUGGCUGUGCAGUACUUUCUGGAAGGAGGAGAUGCAGAGAGUAAACAGCCGCCCAAAGAGGAGGAGGCCCCCACUAUAAACCGCAGACGAGGGGCCAUAAAACAGGCCAAAAUCCACUUCAUCAAAAACCACGAGUUCAUUGCCACGUUCUUCAGGCAGCCCACCUUCUGUUCUGUGUGCCGUGAGUUUGUCUGGGGUCUCAACAAACAAGGCUACAAAUGCAGGCAAUGCAAUGCAGCGAUCCAUAAGAAGUGCAUAGAUAAGAUCAUUGGCAGAUGCACUGGGACUGCAGCCAACAGCCGGGACACAGUGUUCCAAAAGGAGAGGUUUAAAAUCGAUAUGCCUCAUCGGUUUAAGAUCAAUAACUACAUGAGUCCGACUUUCUGUGAUCACUGCGGGAGUCUGCUGUGGGGGCUGGUCAAGCAGGGGCUCAAAUGUGAAGAUUGUGCCAUGAACGUCCAUCACAAAUGUCAGGACAAAGUUGCCAAUCUAUGUGGAAUCAACCAGAAACUGUUAGCAGAGGCGCUCAACCAAGUCAGCCAGAAAUCCACUCGUCGCUCAGACCCAACUCUGGCUGAUCACCCUGACAUCGGCAUCUACGACGAGAUGAACAAACUGGCUGGGCUGGACAUACACGACGGUCCGUAUGGGCGGCUGUGGGAGGGAUCCAGUCCACGGCCCGUGUCCAGGAUCAGUCACAUGACUCGAAUCAGUGUCGACAACUUCAUCUUCCACAAAGUCCUUGGAAAAGGCAGCUUUGGAAAGGUCCUGUUGGCAGAAUUGAAGGGUCGCGGGGAGUAUUUCGCCGUCAAAGCUCUGAAAAAGGACGUUGUUUUGAUGGAUGAUGACGUAGAGUGCACCAUGAUAGAAAAACGUGUUUUGGCUCUGGCUUGGGACAACCCCUUCCUCACUCACCUCUACUCCACUUUCCAGACAAAGGAGCAUCUGUUCUUCGUGAUGGAGUAUCUCAAUGGAGGAGACCUGAUGUUUCAUAUUCAGGAGAAGGGACGGUUCGAGCUGUACAGAGCCACGUUUUAUUCGGCAGAGAUUAUUUGUGGUCUUCAGUUCCUUCACUCCAAAGGAAUUAUCUACAGAGAUCUGAAACUGGACAAUGUGAUGUUGGACCAUGAGGGACAUAUAAAGAUCGCAGACUUUGGGAUGUGCAAAGAAAACGUCUUUGGAGAAAAUCGAGCCACGACUUUCUGUGGAACACCAGACUACAUCGCUCCAGAGAUCCUGUUGGGGCAGAAGUACUCGUUCUCGGUGGACUGGUGGUCUUUUGGGGUGCUACUGUACGAGAUGCUGAUUGGACAGUCGCCUUUCCACGGAGACGAUGAGGACGAGCUGUUUGAGUCCAUCCGUAUGGACACGCCCCAUUAUCCACGCUGGAUCAACAAAGAGGCCAGAGACCUGAUGGAGAGGUUGUUUGAGAGGGAUCCCAGCCGCAGGUUAGGAGUCAUAGGAAACAUUCGUCUGCACCCGUUCUUCAAGAGCAUCAACUGGACCAGUCUGGAGAGGAGGGAGAUGGAGCCGCCUUUCAAACCAAAAGUGAAAGCUCCAAACGACUGUAGUAACUUUGACCGUGAGUUUCUGAGCGAGAAGCCCCGCCUCUCGUACAGCGACAAAAACUUCAUCGACUCCAUGGACCAAUCAGCGUUUGCGGGAUUUUCUUUCAUAAAUCCCAAAAUGGAGCAACUGAUAGAGUAAAACACAUCCUAAGUUACUGUUAACGUGACAAAAUCUUGGUACGUUUAGAUGUUACAAAGUAGAGCAGGCCCUUGUAUUGUAUAGGUUGAUAUUAUCAUAUCUGUGUGCAUGCAUUAUUUGUCCUGAAUGUAAAAAGGCCUGUUUAAAAAUAAUACAAUCAUAAUGUUACAGUCAUCUAUACUGGUACCACGAGUUGCCUGUCCAGCUAUAAGUGUAUAAAAUUAGUUAUUUAAUUUGAUUUUAUGGUCUGGUUGUUCAUCUAGUUUUAAAAUGUUCAACUAUUUAAUUUUAGGCAAUUUUUUUCUGUGAACAUUUGCUUAAAAAUGCUUUUAAAUAGCCUUUUAUACGUGCAAAAGUGAGGAGUUGGGGUAUAGGUUGUUACAUAUAAUGUUCUUCAAUGGAGCUCAAUAGUAAUCACCCUCUUAAGUACAUUUUUCACUAACUUUUCUCAUAGACUAUAAAAAAAAUGCGUUUGAUACUUUCUGGGGCUUAUCUGUUAUGGGGUAACUAAUGACCACAAUCUGUGAACCUUGAACACUUUUAAAGAUUUUGCUGAAUUGUAAUUUGAAUGUUUUUUUUAGACUUAAAACAACCGCGAUAUGUACAUUAGUUAUCACAUAGCUGGUUAUCCUCAUAGGCUAUAUAUAGUCUAUAUAAAUGACAUAGCUAACCUGCUAGACACAACUUUCCAAAUAGGAAUUUAUCACGAACGCCUUUCCUGCUCCACCGACUCUGACUCCAAUUCACUUUACACUGAAAAAUUGUCACCCGUAUCUCUGUAACGGCUGCAGUGAACCUCAUCAUUCUGGUUUUAAAAUGUUUGUAUUUGGUGUUUUUAUUUUGCUUUUGUGUCUUUAAAUGAAGAUAUAAAGAUUAGCGCCUGUUACUGCUAGCCUCGAUGAGCUUCACAUGUCUUAAUAUAUGAAUUCUUCAAAAGGUUUAUGGGGAAAAUUUAUGGGAAAUGUAGUUCUGGGACCAUGGGGGGCUUUGACUGUUGAGCUCCAUACUAACAACAUUUAUACAUUUAUAAAGUUGCACAUGGUUGCUAACGGUAACCAAUGAGAUAUGAGUAAGAUUGUGAAAGUUACCUCAUAUAGAUAACACAGCAGAAACACAUUGAACACUAUACUGUACACUCAUUUCAAUUACUGUCACUGUCACUUUAGUUGUUGGCUACAUGUUCAGAUUUCAAAACCUCAAGUCAAGAAAUGUGUAAUCUCUCAAAAACCUUUAAAAUGUAUUCAUCUGCACAACAGGAAGAAUCAUAGAUGGAUACAACUGAAAACAACUGGUUUUGAGGUCGACUUAACUGUGCCAUAUUAAGAACAAACGUAAGUGGGCUAAGGUUCUCAGCUGGUAAAAAUACUGUUAAACUAUAGGUACAACUGUUUUAAAAGUGUUAAAUGGCAUAGCGUCUGUACAUAGACAUUGUAUAUGGUUUAACUGUCUAACUUGUAUCAUGUAUAUUGGUAAGAUAAGGAUGUACUUUUUUACUGUUCUGUCUUUUACAUCUGAUUAAAUAUCCAUUCACACCCAA